CAAACUUCCCUCAACAAAGAAACUUUAUACUCUACUUUGAACAACGUUCGAACCAAACCGUUGACAUGAAGUUUGGGUUGCUGGUGGUAUUGGCGGUGGCCGUUCUGGUGCCCAGCCUGUCCGAGGGCCGGACCGUCUCCAGAUGCGAGCUGAAAGAAAAGCUCGGGCAGGCGAUCACGCUGCCCCCACGUCUUCAAAAGUUCAAGGAGGAAUACCUGGCAAUAGUUAUCUGUGAGGUGAACAGCCGGUCCCGUCUCAACACCGGCCUGGUCAAGGUGUUCGGCAAACGCAGAACUACAACCACAGCCAGGCCAACAACUACGGUCACAACUCUCGCACCACGAGUCAAUGAAACGACCGCUGAAACAAUAACUACCCAACCGACUACCACCCAACUGACUACCACCCAACCGACUACCACCCAACUGACUACCACCCAACCGACUACCACCCAACCGACUACCACCCAACCAAUCCCAACAGAUGCCACAAAUUCAACCAUAGUCCUAAACAGAAGAAAGCGCGGGGUGAGCAGUGAGGAGUUUGACUCUGCAGAGAUGCACUCUAGCCAGGGGGAACUGCUGAACGAGGGCGAUGAGGUGACGAUGCAGGGUGUCAAUGGCACGGUCGAUGAGGGUGGAGACAAGGCUAAAGACAGUGAUAAGAGGGAUGAAGGCGAGGAUGAAGACAGUGAUGAGAAGGAUGAAGACGAGGAUGAAGACAGCGAUGAAAGGGAUGAAGACGAGGCUGAGGAUGGUGGGAAACGUAAGAAGCGAUCCAAAGAAGACCGAUCCAGUGAGGACCGAUCCAGUAAGGACCGAUCCAGUAAGGACCGAUCCAGUGAGGACCGAUCCAGUGAGGACCGAUCCAGUGAGGAGACCAAUCGUUCGUCUCUCGGCCUUUACGGGAUCUUCCAGCUGUCUGACGAGACCUUCUGUAACUCUGGUUAUCGCUCCUCCAAAAACAAGUGCAACACAACCUGUGAUGCCUUCACUGAUGACGACAUUUCGGACGACAUUGCUUGCUUUGUGAAGACUGAUCAGUGGGGGUUGUUUUUGAAGUCCGCCUCUCGUCUGUGCCAAAUUGGCACCAAGAACUUCUUUGACGAAUGUAAAUGAGCAGCUGACAUGUUUUCCACCUGCUGCUGAAGAUCACAGCAACAAUCAUUCUUCUACCUUCAACGUGACCUUUGAUCCUCAUGGUUUCAUCUCAAACAUUGUGGAGCAUGUCACAGUUUUUCAUUUUAAUUAACCUGUGAGAUUUCUAUAAUAAAGUUAUUUUUUUUCAGUUCCUUUGUGGGCGAAUUUGCCCCCAAAAAUCACCACAACUUGAAGUUGAACUGACAAAUGUAUCUCAGUAAUUUGAAUAGUUUUGAUGAUAUUGUUUUACCACUUUAAUCUACUUUAAAGUGAUUAUUUCAAGAUGUAAAAAAUAAGAAAAUGAUUUUUGCAUCUUCUGCUAUCUGUAACGUUCCAAUAAACAUAUUUAGCAAUU